AUGUCUUUGAUAAGUAAACAUUUAUUUUAUCAAAAUAUCGGCACAGAUUUAAGUUGCAAACAUUUACAUUACUGGAAUGAAAGUUGUAUGCAAGCUAAUCUAUAUAUUGCAAAGGAAGCGUUUUGGGGGUCAAUGAAAUUUUAUUUGCCAAUUUAUAUUAUUAAAGCUCUACUCAAUCAUAAUAAAUGCAAAGACAAAGCUUAUUUGAAAAAACUUUUAAUUGAAGAAGCAAGAUCGGCAUUCUAUGGUUCCUCACUAGCAAUACUAUUUUUAGGUGGAAAUUGCAUUCUAUAUAAAGUAACAGGACAAUUGCAUUACUACAACUUGGGCUUAGUCUCGGGACUCAUAUCGGGGCUAGGAUUAUUGAUAGAAACUAAAGAAAACCAUUUGCUGGACACUUUAAUAUUUUUCACUGUGUUGGUGGAGGCUGUGUUUAAAAAUCUAAAUGAAUUUGAUAUAUUCAAACUUAAUAAUAGGAGGGAAACCCUUUUGUUUAUGGGUGUGAGCAGUGUUUUGAUGCAUCUUUUACAAAACCGUGAUAAAAAUGAAAAUUAUACGAACUUCUGGUUUUAUACUCCACAUACCUUCAAAACCAAAGAAGUAGAAAAUAGUCCAGAAAUAUCUGUACAAAAGUGUGAUCACAGCUCCAGUUGCUCAGAUUUUGCCCUUAAGGGAGCCCAAAAAUAUUUUCUAUUAGGUUACGCUUUUAGUAUAGUUAAGAAACUAAUCCCCAAGAUGUUAACAGUUUACAGAAAACCAUCUACGCUGUUUAAAAUAAUGGCAAAUGAGGACAAUCUUAGAUUUGGUGUUUUUCUUGGAGCUUAUGUAGGAAUUUACAGGUACAUUAUUUGCUAUUUGUUAAACAAUAAAGGAUUUAAACAGAAAUAUUUUGGAGCAAUUGCUGGUCUUGUUGCUGGCACCACCUAUUCUAUAUCGCCAAAUUUCCAAAUACUGACAGUAGGUAUAACAACGAUAUUACAGAUGUUUUACAACAGGACGCUCAAAACAUUGGAAAUAGAAAACAAAUUUUUACCUCAACAGUUGGUGUACAUGUUGGCACAUAGCCUAUUAUUUCACAAUGCCAUUAUGUGCCAAAAUACUUGUCCAACAUACUACGUGAACAUGAUAAAUACUGCUUCCAAUGGCUGGUACAAGAGAAUCUUCGAAAAUUUCCUCCUAGAAAAUAUAUUUCCUGAUCAACUAAAGAAAUAA